AUGGAGAAACUGAUUCCUCACGGCAAAUACAAGCAGCGGUCUCAUGAGACAUCUCUUGAGAGGCACCUUGUGGAACUACAGAACAACCCUGAACAGCCGUCCAUCGUUUUGCUAGGAGAUUCCAUGAUCGAACGCAUGAUUACAACUGGUCUAUCUCCGAGCUUCGACCCAUGGCCAUCCACAACUAUGAUUAGCGAUGAAACAUUUCAACAGCAUCUGCAAACAUCUUCGGCUAGACCUGAACGCUUACAAGGCGUCUUCAAUGCUGGCGUGGGCGGCGACAAGUUCGAAAACGUCAUCUAUCGACUCAUGGGCUCAUCAGACCCCUCGAAACCCCUUGACGGGCUGCUAGAUGCACUUAAAAGACGCGAUAUCAAACUAUGGGUCUUGCAUGUGGGAACAAACAAUCUGCAUCCUAAGCGCGGAAUGAGAGAAUCUGACUUGGCCCUACUUCGGUUGAUUGUGGAGGCUCUGCUCGAAAUGAAUGGCAAAAUACUUCUCAUUGGGCUCUUCAGGAGGAAGGAUAUCAGGGAUGAAUUGAUUGUGAAAGCGAAUGAGAGCUACGUUGAGCUUGUUCAACAAUUUCAAAAAGAUGGAGUUGACCGAAUAGAGUUCUUGGAGCCGCCCUUGGUUGAUAUGGAGGAGUGUCUGGUAGACCAUGUUCAUCUGAACGAGAGGGGGUAUCAAAUCUGGGCCGAAGUUCUGUUCAAAGCAGUCACGAACGCCAUGUAA